UUUUCUGGUGAGACAAAUUGAAUGAAUGGUGGUAAAGGGAAGUGAAGGAAGUUAAUUUCAAUUUGGUGAAUCAAUGGCCUAUCCUCUUUGCUCGGCACCUGUAACUCUAAACUCUUCCAAACCAAAACCAGUUUCAUAUAACUGUUUUGGAAAUCAUAUCCAUACCCAUCAAACACUUGUUCACAGCUCCAACCACCUCCUAACCCUUCUAGGACCAAGAUUUCGGUGCCUCAAAGUCAAAGCCAAGGCAGCUAAUAAAAGUAAUCAAAGCAAGAAACCAAAGAGUGUGCUCUGUGAUGAUUGUGAUGGAAAUGGUGCAGUCCAGUGUUCGCAGUGCUUGGGGAAUGGGGUGAAUUCGGUUGAUUUCUUCAAUGGGCAAUUUAAAGCGGGUGAUUCUUGUUGGCUUUGCGGAGGAAAAAAACACAUUUUAUGUGGAAACUGCAAUGGAGCUGGCUUCAUUGGAGGCUUCAUGAGCACUUUUGAUGAGUAGAACAAGUGUCUAGCUAUUGCUACCUCAACAAUGAAGCUUUGUUACUUUAGUUUCCCAUGCAUUUAGUGUUUAUUUAUAUAAUUAAGUGUAUAUGUACAGUAUAUAAAUUUCAAGACUGAUAGCCCCAAAAAGGCUAAGGGUAUUCUUUGAGUCAAUACCAAACUCCCAAGCUUUACAGCUUCUUCAUUCAUCAUAAAAAAAUCAAUUCCAGCAA